UCAGCGGCGUUUCCAUGGAGAGAUAUGCCUUCGUUUUAGACUGGCGCGAAAUGUACUAGCAAAACAUUCGUCACUGCCAAACAUGGCGGAACAUGGGGCUUACUCUCCCAGUUCAAGAACACCUUCUGCCUUCCAUCAGAGAGGCUCCCAUUCACGGUCAGCCUCAUGGUCAUACACUUCGGGCAAUGGUCAAAUCACUCUGGCACCUUUAAAUCCCAUCAGAUCCGUGAUUCGUGAGUUUGUCCCAAGUUUUGGGCACCGAAGUCCUGGCUCGCGAUCAUCCUCCAGUUCGCCUCUUUCUCCUCUGUCUCCUACGUCUUACGUGAACUUAGCAGAAGUUCUUAGAGACGAGAAUGAUGCAGAAGACACGGCGUCGAAUAGGAUACCCAGCUUUACCGCUGUUAACAUAACGUCUGGUAAUUCGAGCGAAGCGGACGGCGAGCAUGGAGACGCAAAUAUGGCGGCGGGGAAUUCCAACUCCUCUGGUAACGGAAACGGCCGUGCUGCUGGUGAUAGAGUUGAGUUCCAGGGCACCAUAUCAUGGCUGGAGAAAAGUUUACCGUUCGUGCUUCUACUUCUAAGCAGAAUCAUGUGGGACCAUAGACUGGGCAUUCUGGUGUUUAUUGGCUUGUGUGGAACAUUUCUUCAUGCUAACAGCACUGUUAAGAGACAAGUAUCUCUCAAGGACAGACGGCUCAAUCGCAUCUCUUUGUGGACUUUCAUUUUUCUUUCUGGGAAUGUCUUCUUUAUUUAUUAUGUGUUUUACAAUCACCACCUAGAAAACUGCUUGAUUUUUAGGAAGCCACUGUUUAACAGAAUGGACGUGUGGACUGUGUUUUGGUGUGUCGGAAUCACAGAUUUUGUGAUUCGAUAUAUCACAAUGGCUUUGAAGUCCAUGGUGGUAGUCCAGCACAGAAAGAUAAUUCCAUUUAGAAGAAGGGGCAAGUACUACCUGUUGAUUGAAAAUUUUUCACAGUUAUACCGCAUGCUAGUACCGGUUCCACUGUGGUUUGCCUUUUUCACAGAGUACAACUAUGGUGGCGAGUACUUUGCUAUCAUAGCAACGACAAUUUACCUAUUACUUAAGGCUCGCAUGAUUGUUAACAAAAUUCAAGAGGUGUAUGCUGCCUGCAAAGUUUUUGGCCAUGAUGUGCAAUAUGGCUCACCCCCUUCUAAAGAAGAAAUAGUUGAAGCAGGAAAUUCGUGCCCAAUUUGCCAGGAGGAGCUAAAGGAACCCAUCAUGCUCCGAUCAUGCAAGCACAUUUUUUGUGAAGACUGCAUAUCACUGUGGUUUGACCGAGAGCGCACAUGUCCCAUGUGUCGAGCAAAGGUGGUGGCGGAUCCCACGUGGAGGGAUGGAAGCACGGCAACCUACGUCAUACUCUUUUGACAGUUGACACAUUACUUUGAUCUGACCGACUACAGAGUGGCCUAUUUAGUGUUAGCAAAGUCUUGCAUCUUUAGCCCUGCGUUCCUGGUCACAUUUCGUUUCUUUUCAUAUCAUGUGGUCAUAUUUUGAACAGAGAACAUACCUAGGUACAUGUAGAUACAAAGCCAGAUUUUUGUGGUGUUGCUGAGUGGCAGCUUUUGGCCCCAGUUUAGCGGGAUCCUGCAAUCGUACUGAGAAUGGCAGGUUAUAAUAAUUAUAUAUUAAAGUAAGGCUAUAGAGCUUGGUUCGCGGUAUCACUUCCUGCUAGUUUCACAUUUGCAAAGAAAGAGGAAAGAAUUGUUUCAAUUAAUUGUUAGCGUUGCGUUGUAUAUUCCAAUAGUAAAGGUUAAGUAGCAUUUUUUUUUUUUUUUUUGGCGUGGGGGUUCCGUGUAAAUACAGUAGAAGUCAUAAUUAAUAGUGUUGUAUACACUGUAAAUUAAUAAGUGGUAAGUUAUUACCUUACCUUGAAUUGAAAAGGUUAUAGAAUAUAAUUAUUUCACAAUACAUUGCAGUAUAUAUACAAGACAGUCCAGGAUCAUUCGCGACACUUCGCGGUAGUGCUAAAUAGAUAAUUACCUAGUCUUUGGUAGAAUACUUUAGUACUGCGUAGUAUUGUUUCAGUUAAUAAAUAAAUGAAAUAUUUGCUAACGA